AAAAAACAAAAAAAUAAAAAAAAUAAUUAAAGAAGGAGCUGGAGUGCCAUAAAUGGCAAAAUAACUUUGGAUUGCUCCAAAUUUCUUGAGCCUCUCAGAAACCGAUAAAGAAUUACCAAAGAUUAAGGGCAGUAAUCGAAAAGACCUAGAAAGGACCAUCACAGGAUCAGAGCCCAGCAUGGAAGCUGAUGUUUCGAUUAUUUUCUAGAUGAUUAUUUGCCAAAAUUUGUGUGAGGGUUGUUUCUUUGAAGGAAAAGCGAGAAGGGUGGGGGGAAGAGGGAAAAGGGUUUCUUUCGAGAUCCGCGAAAAAAGUUGGGAUAUUUUAUGAUUUUUCGCUUUUGUUGUUUUAAUUUUUGUUUGAUGGUUGAUUGAGAUGUGGAUUCUCUGGGUAUUUCUCUUUUGGUUUUACUGUUUAAAGGGUGAUUUCACAGCUUUGGGCAAUGUGGUUUUGAUGGCCAGAAAUACUACUUUAUCGUUCGAAGCUAUCGAAGCUACUUUUGCUCCAUCGAUUAAACCGGCUGGGAUCCAUGGGAUAUUAUACGUUGCGAAGCCUUUGAAUGCAUGCUCGCCGCUAACGAACACAGUUGUUCCAAGACUGAACGACUCGAGGUCUCCUUUUGCGCUGAUUAUUAGGGGUGGUUGUAGCUUUGAAAAUAAAAUCAGACAAGCUCAGUCUGCGGGAUUUGAAGCAGCCAUUGUGUAUGACAAUGAGUACGGGGAUUUGGUGGCAAUGGCUGGAAAUUCUCCGGGUAUAAAGAUAAGUGCGCUGUUUGUUUCCAAGACUUCUGGCGAAACGUUGGCGAAAUAUGCCGGUGCUGAUGAUAUGGCGGUUUGGAUAUACCCGAGCAGUGAAAACACAGCGUGGUCUAUCAUGGCGAUUUCGUUCAUUUCAUUGUUGGCAAUGUCUGCGGUUCUGGCGACAUGUUUCUUUGUCCGAAGGCAUCGGAUUAGAAGAGAUCAGCCUCAAGCUCCACGUGUUCGUGAAUUCCAUGGGAUGGGCAGUCGGCUGGUGAAAGCAAUGCCGAGCCUCAUUUUCACUAAAGUUCUCGACGAGAGGUGCACUUCGACGACCUGCGCUAUCUGCCUUGAAGAUUAUAUUAUCGGCGACAAACUUAGAAUGCUACCUUGUUGCCACAGAUUUCAUGCCGUUUGCGUCGAUGCCUGGCUGACGACGUGGCGAACAUUCUGUCCUGUCUGCAAGCGCGAUGCGCGAACCAGCAACGGCGAACCGCCGGCGUCAGAAUCCACACCGUUGCUCUCAUCGAACCCAUCGUCCGUCACGUCCUCUUCAAUUCUAGCAUCUUUCCGAUCCUCUCCGUCGACGUCAUCCGCGAUGCAGAUCGGGCCUCCUCACUCUGGGCAUAGCCAACAUUCUCUCCAUUAUCCGCAGCCUGCCAGCCGGAGCUCUCUCAGUCUUCUCAAUGGGUCGUCGCAAAUGUCUCAUUUCGUUUCUCCGCACUCGCUCGGGUACCCUUCGCUGUCGCCGCUCAAUUCAAGAUACUUGUCGCCGUACAUUCCGAGCCCAAGCAAUGCCUCGUCGGGCUACCUCGGAUCUUCAAGCCGCCAGGCGAAUGCGCUCCAUUACAGCGAAUCUGCUGCAAGCCUUCGAACAGCCCACGGGAUGCUGCAUUACAGUGAAUCCGCCGCAAGCCUUCGCCAUGUCAACGGGAUGCAUUACAGCGAGUCGGCUGCAAGUCUCCGGCAGGCGAACAUGCUGCAUAAUAGCGAAUCGGCCGCAAGCUUUUCGCCGUAUGCCUCUGGACAUUCUCUUCCAGGUUGUUAGUUAAGAAGCUAUAGCUUGUUCUGCCUCUAUAUAUACAUAUUUGUCUGUUUUAGCUUUUACUCCGUUGUGAUGACUGGAAAUUUUGUUUGAUUGAUUUACUACUAAUUGGAUUUU